GUAGAUUUAUGGGAUCAAGGAGAUAAGUAAAAGUGCAAUUUACAUAAAUGUCACGCGGAAGCAAGUUGUGUGACCGCGUUAUCUCCUCAUGUCGUCUUACUUACACCUUACGGCACAUGGCAACAGUUCGAACGCCAAUCGACGCGCCGCUCUUUCAGUUUGUUGAAUACGACGUUUCAUAACAGCCCUAAACGGUCCAUAUCUUAUCCAACAUCCUUGGCUCUGUUAAUUCGCAUUUCAGUUGCGACAGGACGAGAACUCCUGGAUACGGUUCGUCCUCAUAGUGGAAAUCAUCAAUCGAACGAACAAAAAACCGUCGUAUUCGCAUUCUUCAACGGCCUAUCAUGCUCACGACUGUCGUAAGAACUAUCGCUCGCCGUUCGUUUUCCACGUCGAGAUGGGCAGCAGCACAGCAGAUGACAGUACGAGAUGCUUUGAAUUCGGCUUUGGAUGAGGAGAUGGAGCGGGAUGAAAGGGUGUUUCUUCUUGGUGAAGAGGUGGCGAUGUACGAUGGUGCUUAUAAAGUCUCUCGAGGCUUGUGGAAGAAAUAUGGAGAUAAGCGAGUUAUCGACACACCUAUCACAGAAGCUGGUUUCACCGGCAUCGCCGUUGGGGCAGCUAUGGCCGGCCUGAGACCAGUCUGCGAAUUUAUGACAUUCAACUUCUCUAUGCAAGCGAUUGAUCAUAUUAUCAACUCUGCCGCCAAGACGUUUUAUAUGUCUGCUGGUAGAGUCAACGUGCCGAUAGUGUUUCGUGGGCCCAACGGUGCUGCAGCUGGCGUCGGGGCGCAGCAUUCUCAAUGUUUUGGUGCCUGGUAUAGUCACUGUCCUGGUUUAAAAGUAGUAUCACCUUACAACAGCGAGGAUGCCAAGGGUUUACUAAAGGCGGCCAUUCGAGAUUCCGAUCCAGUGGUGAUGCUGGAAAACGAGAUAUUAUACGGUGUGCAAUAUCCUAUGUCCGACGAAGCCUUAUCUAAGGAUUUCGUCCUGCCAAUCGGCAAGGCCAAGAUAGAACGAGUGGGCAACCAUGUCACGUUGGUAGCACAUUCCAAGGCGGUCGAGGAGUGCCUCGAAGCGGCCAACGAGCUCGCCGGCAAAGGGAUCGAGGCCGAGGUGAUAAAUCUUCGUUCUCUUAGACCGCUGGACAUAGACACCGUCGUGCAAUCUGUGGUGAAGACGAAACAUCUGUUAACGGUCGAGCAAGGUUGGCCGCAGUGUGGUAUCGGCGCGGAGAUCAGCGCGAGAAUUGCCGAGAGUGAAGCCUUUUAUCAUCUCGACGCGCCUGUAAUUCGUAUCACUGGUGUCGACACACCCAUGCCAUAUACGAAAUCAUUAGAAGUCGCAGCCUUGCCACAGACAAAGGACGUAGUGAACGCUGUUAACAAAGUUUUAGGAGUGACGCAGUAGUCAAUAGUACUUAGACGUAUUCUCAAGUACUUAGGCGAAAUCAAUAUAUUUCUACGGUUUUCCUAAAGCGCAUUGCAGGGUUUCCCCAACUCCCGGACUCACGUCUCUCUACCUGAUAUAUUCUACCUCGUCCAAUUAUCGAUAGAUAAUGGAUAAAUAGUAGAAUUUACUGCAGUGGAGUAAACAAGUAAGUGUAAAGUCUUCGUAUUAUGAAGAUAACGCUGUGUCGUUGAUUAGAGAAUGUUUACGAAAUAUUUCCUUGUAAGUUUUCUUUCUUUUUUUUUGCGUGAAACUCUUAUAAGCGUGAAAUUUCUUACAAAGAAAUACGUUUUAUGGAAGAAUGUACAUUUGUUACUACGUAAUACGUAAAGAGGUUUGUAGAAUUGCACUUUUUCUUAGAAUUAGAAUUUCAUAUACUAUGUAUGAUAAGGUAUACAAAUAAUGUGAUCAAUGUACACCUUAUUAUUAAGUAGUUAAUACGUGAUAUCAAUUGUAAUUGUAUAUGUACAUAUACCUAUUUUAAUACUUAUCCAUAUGCUAAUUAAAGUAUCAAUAUGCAGAAUUAUAUGCGCGGAAAGUUCUGACUUUUGUCUUCGAUUUACAAAUAAAUCGGAAUUAAUUUCCAACUAAAUGUAUGAUAUGAAAUAAUACGCGAAUGCUAUUCUACUGCCGUCUCAGUAAGAACUGCCUUUCUCUUUGUGGAGUUUCACGCCACGCGUUGUCCGAAGUAUCAAUGAACUUACAAGGAUAUGCGGAUAAUAAAUUCCGCUAUUAAUUGACGCGCUGUCGCAUAUGUGCAGAAUUACAGACAGCAUAUACGUGCUGCUUUUGUUUAUUUAUUACAGAAAUUUAAUAAAUUAUGCAUAAUUUAUCA